AUGGAUCAGGAUGAUGAAAGUAAUGUUCUAUUAGAAAGUGAGAAAAUUGAAGAAAUAGUUGCUAAAUUAGUAGAUGAAAGUUCAUACAUGUCAGAAACUGCCCAAGCUAUAACAUAUCUACAAAUAAUUAAUGAACCUGUUGUAACAGAAGAAAUACUUGAUGAUGAGGGAAUUAUUGCUAUAGUUCAAGAUAAAGAAAAUGAAUUAAUCGGACAGAAA